ACUGAAGCAACAAACUCAGAAAGCAAAACCCGAUUUUUUUUUUGCUUUCUCUCUAUCUCCGUAAAAACAUCAUCGUAUUUUCCAUUGUCAUUGUCGUUUCAUUGCUCGGUUUUCAUGGAAAAGGUUGUCGGAGGAAAGUAUAAAAUUGGUCGCAAAAUUGGGAGUGGAUCAUUCGGUGAAAUUUAUAUUGGGGCACAUAUUGUGACUUCUGAGCUUGUGGCCAUUAAGAAGGAGAACAAGAAAACCAAACAACCACAGCUACUGUAUGAGGCAAAGUUGUAUAAUAUUCUUAAAGGAGGAAGUGGUAUUCCAAGAAUGAAAUGGUUUGGUGCUGAUGGAGACUAUAAUGUUCUUGUUCUUGAACUUAUGGGACCGAGUCUCGAAGACCUUCUUUAUUAUUGUGAGGGGAAGUUUUCGCUGAAAUCGGUUUUGAUGUUGGCUGAUCAGAUGCUUACGAGGAUAGAGUAUUUACAUUCCAAGGGACUUCUGCAUAGAGAUAUCAAACCAGAUAACUUCCUUAUGGGUCUUGGGAAGAAAGCAAAUCAGGUUUGUAUGAUUGAUUUUGGACUUUCAAAAGGAUAUAGAGAUCCUAUCAGUUACAAGCACAUUCCAUACAGAGAGAACAAAAACUUAACAGGAACUGCACGUUACGCAAGUUGCAAUACUCAUAAAGGAAUUGAACAAAGUCGCAGAGAUGAUUUGGAGUCUCUAGGCUAUGUUCUUUUGUACUUUUUAAGAGGAAGCCUUCCUUGGCAGGGUCUACAAGCUGCCACGAGAACACAAAAAUAUGAAAAGAUUUGUAAAACGAAGUUAUCAAUUCGCACCGAGGUACUUUGCAAGUCAUAUCCUGUGGAGUUCGCUUCUUACUUUCAUUAUUGCCGCUCCUUGACAUUUGAUCAACGACCAGAUUAUGGAUAUUUGAGACGCCUGUUUCGUGAAUUGUUCACUUCUAAAGGAUAUGAUGCUGACUAUUUAUUCGACUGGACGAUUUUAAAAUAUCAGGAGAUACAACAAAUAAAGGAACGAAAUGAAUCCAUUGCUCCAGUUGCUUUACCUACCACUCAUGAACCGGUGGAUACCGACGAGCAAAUAGAAGUCAAUGAUUGUACACAAACUGCUGUCGCAAAACCAAUAGUCUAUUGCGAUCGUCCACGUGUUUGUAUGAACCUCAGGGUAGCUAAUAUUGAAUGUCUUGAUGAUGAGAUUGAAACGGAGAAACAGAAUGUGAAUACUGGUUUACCUAUUUCAAAUGUUCCAAAACCAGAAAGGACUGUAGAAGCCUCAAAUCCAGACGGCGUGUUAGCGAGUAAAUGUGGUGCUUCCGGUGAUAUUAUUCCUUCACUACGACGAGUUUCAUCCUUCAAUUAGAAGGUAAAGGACCACUUAGAAUUUAAAGUUGCACCGAGUAAGUUAGUCAACCUAAUUUGGCUCGCUUUUUUAGUCUGCGGAGAAAAUGUGAGUCGUUUGGGAUGGAUUAACUCGUGAGCUACAACCUAUAUUGACAUCGCGGUAGAAUACAUUGUUUUGUUGCUUACUUGGUUUGCUUCCCAGUGUUUGGUACAGAAACUUGAACUGUUCAAGAUGAAGAAAUUUGUCUUGGCUUUGCUGUGAAGCUUCAUUGAGGUUGAAAAUUCUAUUAUAACAAAAAAGCAUGAUCUGAAGUUGAUCAUAGCAUUUUGACCCAUUUUCAGAGAGAUCUUGUUUGAGAGGUCUAAAUGCACUACUGAUGGUGUAGAAGAAACUCGAGGAAGAGUUGAAGACUGAUCUCGCGAUGUUAUGUUGCGCCAUUUCCAAUGGAACUGCUGCUGAUUUGGAAUCGAAGGACAGUUAACUAUCCUUAAAAAAGCAGCAGGAAAAAAACCGAAGGCCGAGGCAUUAGUUUCUUUUACUUAUAAUUUGAAUUCAAACCUUGUUAGAUAUAGCAGUUACUACACUGCUUGGGUUUAAUUUUCCUAUACAUUCUAGUAUCAGCUAUAAAUAGGGCUGAAUUUCUCACACUAAUGUACAUUUUCUUUGAGUCUUAUAAUGUAUGUAGAAUAUUUUUCCUCA